CAGCCGUCUGUGGGUGGUGACAAACUCCGGCGUGAAUAUUCCACCUGAGUGACAGGUCUCACACACACACACACACACACACGCGCGCGCCGUCCUGCCGCGAAGGUGGAUUCGGGGGGAGCGCUGCACGAGCUCGAUGGCGGUGAAAAUGGACGUAAAAGGCGCCAUAGAGCAGAUGGAGAGGGGAGAGCAGGACACCGCGUUAUCGGCUCUGCGGAGCUACAACACGGAGAUGACCCACUGCUUUACCUUCAGCAACGAGGAUGCGCUGGAUCGACAGCUUUUAGGUGGAUUGGUCCUGGGUUUCCUGGACAGGGAGCUGCAGCCUUCGUGUCAGCUGGCCUGUCUGGAAACAAUCCGAAUCCUGUCCCGAGACAAGCUUUGCCUGGAGCCCUUCAUCACCCUGCCCGCCAUGUCCACUCUCGCCCGCCACGCCGGCAUCGCCGUGGUCAGCAGUGCAGCGCCACCCGACAGCCAGCCGGCGGAGGGCCAAGGUGAAGACGGAGGAGGAAAAGGCGCAGCGCAGGUGUCCAGCGAAGAGGUAAAGGAAGUCUCCCCUCCGCCGGAGAACUCUGACCAGGAAGUAAUUGCCGAGUCACUCAAGUCCAUCUCUAACAUCCUGCUGCACAACGAGACCGGGCAGGGGGUAGCAGCAGAUCUACAGCUGAUAAAAGGCUUGGCAGAGAGGCUGCAGCAGUGCUAUGAUCCCAACUGGAUCCAUGAGGUGCGCUUCUUUGACCUGCGCAUCACCUUCCUGCUGACCGCAUUGAGGGUGGACGUCAGGGCGCAGCUAGUUCGGGAGCUCCACGGCGUCAGUCUGCUAGGCAACCAGUUGGAUGCCACCCUGGGUCUGUGCUGGCCAGAUACACUGGAGGCGGCGAGGGGAGGGUCCGAGGACGUCCCACCCGAACAACUGCCCCCACUGAGUCGGCAGCAGACGGAACUCGCCAUCGAGAUACUGAAGAUACUGUUUACGGUCACGUUCGACGCGAGCAGACGCCAGGUCGACGAGGAAGAGAUGGCAGAGUACAGACAUCUGGCAGCUAUGCUGAGACACUGUCUUAUGAGCCGCGCAGACGGAGAGGAGCGAACUGAUGAGUUUCACAGCCACACUGUCAACCUGCUGGGAAACCUCCCGCUGCCCUGCCUGGAUGUGCUGUUGGUCCCCAAAGUGCAGCCGGGCUCCAUUGAGUACAUGGGGGUCAACGUGGAUGCUGUCGACAUGCUGCUGGAGUUCAUGGAGAAAACACUUGACCGGGGACACAAGCUGAAGGAAACCCUUCUCCCGGUUCUAAACCUGCUGACUGAGAGCGCCCGAAUUCACCGAGAAACCAGAAAGUUCCUCAGGUCAAAGGUGCUGCCUCCACUGCGCGAUGUGACCAACAGGCCAGAGGUGGGCAGCGCGCUGAGGAACAAGCUAGUCCGUAUCAUGACGUCCAUUGACACCGACGUCAAGGACUGUGCUGCAGAGUUCCUCUUUGUCCUCUGCAAGGAAAGUGUUUCUAGGUUCGUUAAGUACACCGGAUACGGCAAUGCUGCAGGUCUGCUGGCUGCUCGGGGACUGCUGAGGGGGGGCAGAGACUCUGGGGUCUACUCUGAGGACGAGGAGUCCGACACAGAGGAGUACACGGAGGCCAAGGCACAUAUAAACCCAAUAACAGGAGUGGUACAAGAAGAACAGCCCAACCCUAUGGAGGGAAUGACCGAGGAACAGAAGGAGUACGAAGCCAUGAAGCUGGUCCGCAUGUUCGACAGACUGUCGAGGACUAAUUUCAUCCAGCCCAUGCAGCUCGGCAUGGACGGGAAGAUGAGCGAGAUCUCUCCGGGAGAUCUACACAACCUGGUCCACAAUCCUUUGUUCCAGCCAGAGGAGCCGGCUCAUUCAGACAGCGAAGAGGAGAAUGAGUGACGAGAAGCAGAAACGCGUCAUUCCUGCAAGAGAAGACCGGUCUCAUUAUUCUAUUUAUUCACAUCGCGGGGUCCAAUCAGCUCCUAUUUACUUAUUUUAUUGGGAAGCGAGUUACAGAAAGAUGGGAUUUGUUUAGUCAAAGUGAAAAGUACAUGGAACUUUAAGCUUUUUUUGAUAUGUGCUCCACAUUUCCUGUCCAUGAACACAACGACGGAGAUACUUUAUUACGCCUUUAGAGGUGGAGAAUAAUCGUGUGAUUUGUAAAUGGCCUAAUAUGAGCGUUAGUAUUAGUUACGUAUGUUCAAAGAUUGCAAACUUGCGUAUUUGUUGUUGUUUUGGCUCUAUUGGGAACAACAAUAGCUGAACAUGAUUGGUCGGUUAGUAUCUCUCAAUCAGCGCUACACACACACUUUACACUGCGGCCAUUUGUUUGACUAUUUAUCGCUCCGCAACUAUUUAGUUUCAACUCAACACGGGAGGAGAGGUGGUGUUUUUAAAGCCAAAGAGCUCCACUGUCGGUUUGUGACAACUGUAUUUGGGGAUUUUAGAUGUCUGCUGUUUUACAUAAAGAUGUUUCAUUUUUCAGAAGUGACAGGCGAAGCUGUAGAAAGAUAAAUCACAAUUCGAGUAGAAGGAAAUAUUUACUUAUAAUACAUAAUUACUUAUAUAGACUACGAAGAGAAUCUGAAACACAUUAUUUUAAAGGGAAAGUCUUUCACGUUGUUAUUGUAUAACCGUCCGCUCGAUUAUGGCGUAUUAAAUGUGAAGAAAAUUG